UCCCUGGACUCCAGCGGUGUGUUCUACAGCGACGGGGCUGACAGCUGGGCGGACGGCCCCCCCGGGCCCCUGGGCGGCGGCCUGGUGGUCAACGUGGGCGGGUGUCGCUACCAGCUGUCCCGGGACCUGCUGGCCCCCCACCCGGACACCCGGCUGGGCCGGCUGGCCCGCUCCGGCCCCGCCUCCGCCCUGGACCUCUGCGACGACGCAGACCUGCCGCGGAACGAGUUCUUCUUCGACCGCAGCUCCCAGACCUUCCAGUACGUGAUGAACUUCUACCGCACGGGCCACCUCCACGUGAGGGAGGACCUGUGUGCGGUCUCCUUCCUGCAGGAGAUUCAGUACUGGGGCAUCGAGGAGGUGCUGAUCGGCCCGUGCUGCCGGGAACGCUACCUCCGACGCAAGGAGCAGAAGGAGAGCCUGGGCCCUCAGCAGGUGGUCCGGGCCGCCGCCGCUGCAGAGGAAGACCCCGGCGACGACGAGGACUUCACCGGCGCGGCGUUCCCGGUUCUCCGCCGCCGCCUCUGGGACUUCCUGGAGAAGCCCGACUCGUCGCGCGCCGCGCGCACCUUCGGCUCGCUGUCGGUCUUCUUCGUGGUGGCGUCCGUCGUCAACAUGGCGCUGAUCUCCCUGGAACCGGCCGAGGGCGCGGCGACGGCACCCGGCGGCGGCGGUGGCGGCGGCGGCGGCGGCGGCGGCGAGGACGCGGUGCGCCUCCUGCUGGACGUCCUGGAGUACGCCUGCGUGGUGUGGUUCACGGCCGAGCUGGCGCUGCGCUUCCUGUGCGUGCGGGACAAGUGGCGGUUCAGCCGCGGCGUGGCCAACGUCAUCGACCUGCUCGCCAUCCUGCCGUUCUACGUCACGCUGGCGGUGGAGCGGCUCCAGGGAGGGACCAGCGAGCUGGAGAACGUGGGCCGCGUGGUGCAGGUGCUGCGCCUCAUGAGGUCCCUCCGCAUGCUGAAGCUGGGCAGGCACUCCACAGGCCUGAGGUCCCUGGCCUCCACCAUCACCGAGUGCUACGAGGAGGUGGGGCUGCUCCUCCUCUUCCUCGGGGUGGGCAUCUCCCUCUUCGCCACCACCAUCUAUGCACUGGAGCACCACCUGCCCGGCACCACCUUCUCCAGCGUGCCCAUGGCUUGGUGGUGGGCCACCACCUCCAUGACCACCGUGGGCUACGGGGACAUCCGCCCAGACUCCGCCCCCGGAAAGGUGGUGGCGUUCAUGUGCAUCCUGGCGGGCAUCCUGAUCCUGGCGCUGCCCAUCGCCAUCAUCAACGACCGCUUCUCCGCCUGCUACUUCACCCUCCGCAUGAAGGAGGUGGCGCUGAGGCAUCGGCAGGCGCUGCGGAGGCUGGCCAGCGGCGAGGAGGGGGAGGGGGAGGGGGAGGUGGUCGGGGCGGGGGGAGGAGGGGGCGGGGUCAACCUGCGGGACGCCUACGCCCGCAGCCUCAGGGAGAUGAUGCGUCUGGAGGGGAGGGAGCAGGAGAGAGGCGGGGCCGGCAGGGGGGUGGAGCUACGCUGGUGGAGGGGGGAGGGGUUAGGUGGAGGGGGUCUGCUGGGAGAAGGGGUGGGGCUCUGA